UUCCACCUUGAGAUUCGAGAAAACUUUCUUUACCGGCAAGAGAUCAUCGAGAUGGGGGACUCGUCAGCGACAGACAAGAAGCAAAAGCAUUUAUAAAAGCUAAAGUUGAAAAAGUUACGUCCCUCAGCCUCUCUCUCUCUCUCUGUGUGCAACCACUCUGUUUGAAAAAACUGAGAAUUCUGGUAUACUACCAACCUCUCUAGUCUUGCUGUGUAUUUAAUUGGGUAGAAUUUAUGCUCCUGGAUCCCCAGAACCCCACCUUUUUAAAUCUCCGCUUUUCUAAAUUCCUACAACCCACUGAAGAAGCAAAGCAAAGGACACUCUCUCUUUGGUCUUGGCUCUGCUCAGCUCUUCUUAAGAAGACACUCUGAUACUCUCACUUCAAUAACAUUGCCGCCAUCACCAUUCACCACCAAAAACAAUGGAUGUUGAUUACUGGAAAAGAAGCCACGUUCCCGCUUUUGGGAACUGGGAUUAUGCGAAUGAUCUCCCAAUUACUCAGUACUUCGAGUCCGCAAGACAAGCUGGGUUGCUCCGCUACAGCGCCUGUGAACGAGAUUUGUACGUUGUUAGUGAUUUCUAUGGCAACGAUGAUCUCAAGAAACCGCCCAAAACUGCUGUCUCUCGUCGAAAGACAAAGGAAGUGGAGAAGCGGUAUACGCAGCAUGAUAAGGAGCCAAAGAAGCAAGGAAGGGUCUGUGACGUGACGGGACCGCCAAGCAAAGAUCAAGAAGCUUACGUUCACCGCCACCAACCACCACCGCCCAGGGCUCCUAAAGCUGUUGAUGAAGAUUUAUACAAAAUUCCACCUGAGCUUCUCCGUUCCUACCCUAGGAAGAAGAAGAUGUUUGGGUUUUUUUCAAGGUGUCUAGUGCCCACUUGCGUUGUGUGAAUAAGGAAAGCAUUUCGCCAUUUGCUUGAUGGAAUUUCUUUGUGUAGAGAAACAGAGUUUUAAGUGCUUGUUUGUUUGAGUUGCAUUAAUGGGGCAAUAUUCUAUCUGUGGCCCAAUUACAAUUACAGGAGAAUGAGAAAAGAUAUGGGUUCUGGGUUCUAAUUUU